AUGACAACACUACCAAGGCACGGAGAGGCCAAUUCCGAUAUUGACAGCUUGCUUUGUUCUUCCAACUCGAAACUACCGGUGACGGAUUCCUUUGUUGUGGAUGAAAUACCUCCACCCCCUUAUUCGAAUGCCGCAAAACAGGUAUCUGAUGUGAAAACAAGCUAUGCUGACUGUGAUUAUAUCAUUUAUGGCGGUAUACCAGACAUUCUACCCAAAUCUGGGGUCGUUCCACCCACUGGAACACCGCAAACAUCCAGCAUACAGUCUUCAAUGGAUAAAGUGGAAACAUCACAGAGAAUUUCUGUAGCUAUACAAAGGCCUGCAAGCAUUAUCAGGGACGAGCAUGUUAUUACUCUUAAUAUUUCAAGGAAUGCCGCUAGCUCUGUUGCAAGCUCAGAGUCCUCGUUGACUCAAGAAGGAAUUUCAACACCACCACAACCAAAAUCGUCAGCGUCUUCAAUACGACAUGUCAAGCAUUCAAGGACCAUGUCAGCGAGAAUCACCGCCAACUUUGUCGAUCAGAACGGGGGAAGUUUAGGCGGUGUAACAAUAGAUACUGCUACUCCAUCAUCGCCUUCUGAGGUUGCAAACACUACGGCUGGAGGAGAGCAAACUAUACUGCUUACAAUCAGCUUAACCACCAAUGUGGCUCCUUCAACCACAGCAACCUCGACUGAACCCUCUCCUGCUAUCUUGUCUUCGACAGGCUCAAUCAAGACAGUAGACGAACCCAUAUCAGAUGAAGACGCUUCAAAUCUCGAAACGGUAGCUGAGCUCAUAUCUAAAGCCAAAAUCGAAAUACCAGGCAAAACGAACGUCGGACAUCGCAGAAUGAGAUCGAAUACAGCGUCUGCGUUUGGAGCUGCAGAAAUGUUAGAAAUGCAGCGACUUACACUUCAGGGAUCAGAUGUGCAUAAGGAGACACCGGCAGAGUAUUUACUGAAGCUGGAAGCUACAGUGAAUAAACGAGAGCUGGCCAAGCUGGUUUCAAAAAGUGAUGAUUUCCACGCCAAAGUCUUGGAAUGUUUGGUCAAACGAUACAGUUUCAAAGAUCAUGCAGUCGACACUGCCCUCAGGAAGUUUCUGUUCUCUUUUCUACUGCCACCUGAAGCUCAGCAGAUCGACCGCGUGCUCAAACAAUUUGCUCUACAAUACCACUCCGAUAAUCCAGGACUGUUUAAUUCUGCUGACGAUGUGCAUAUAACCGCAUUUGCUAUCGUAAUGCUGAACAGUGACCUCCACUCAGUCGGCCAACGAACCAAAAUGACCAGACAGCAAUUCGUAUCGAAUACAAGAAGUGCUGGAUCAUAUAAUGCACUACCAGCCGAAGUACUAGAGAUGAUUUACGAAAACAUUCGAGCAGAGCCAGUGCAGUAUAUGACGGACGAUAUUGAAAUGGAUGGCACAUCGCUGAUGGACAAGAAUGCGGAUUCCAAGUGGACAUGGGCCUCACCAAAGGCUUCCAUCAAUGAUUGUACAGACGCUACAGGAACAGAGAGAAGGACGUCCUACGAGUGCAUCAAUCUAAUAUCAUUUGAAUACCCUGCUCAGCCAGUCCAAGCACUGUUUCAGGAGGACGCAUCCCCACCAAGCUCACCCAAACCCCUUCGAGGAACAUUCGAACCCACUACGCUCUCAACAUCCGUCUCUGAUGAUAACCUAUUUACUACGGGAGCAUCCGAAGCCUCACCACCUAGCAGCGACGUAUCUCCAGCUCUUGCCAAGAAAUUCGGAAACAAGAUACAUGGCAGAGCUGUAUCUGCGUCUCCCACCCCAUCAACGUUUGUGAGAUCACGCCGUGCAUCAGUAGCUGUCGUACCCACGUCGACAACAACAGAAGGAGACCAAGUGGCUAUUGCUAUUGCUAGGAGCGCCAGAGACGGAAUCCUCCGUCGCAAAUGGGAUAAGAAGGAGCAAGGAGAACGAGCAGUGUCGCGAGGAUGGACUUCAUUCUAUGCCGUCUUGUCUGGCACACAGCUGCUUUUAUUCAAGGAUUUCGAAUGGUUUACAGCACGACGAGGACUCGACACGUUGGAUGCCGAUAUACGCAACAUCCCUAAACCGACAUAUAUUCUGUCUAUGGAAAACUCUAUUGCGCUGUUUGAUCCGAGCUAUUCUAGGAGAUCGCAUUGUUUUAGGAUGUCUUGUCCUAAUGGAGCACAAUUCAUUUUUCAGUCUACGUCAUGGGUGGAGGCCAGGGAUUGGGUUCAAGAUGUUAAUUUUGCUGCUACAUUCAAGACUGCUGGUGUACGACCAAGAGGAACAUCUUUAGGAUGGUCUCGAGUGAUAAAUCAACUUACCAACGAGGACAGAAUACGACUGCUAGAAAAUUGCGUGAUUGAUGAGGGUGAAGGACGUGCUGCAGUCAUAAAGAGUAAAAUUGGCGAGUUCUUAAACACUCUGACCAGUCUAGAAACCCAAAUCGAUAACGAGAUGCUAGUGAUUGAUCACCUCUCCCUCGUCAAACCCAUGUCCAAAGUAAUCAAGGUCAAACUUGUCGAGUCUCUCGAUGCACAUUUAGUGACUCUGAAAAAAGCCAAGAUUGAUGCUGAACGACUGAAAUGCUAUUGCUACUUUUUGGAUGCUGAUAUGCGAGCAGUGCAAACGGUUGUCAAAACUUUGUAA